GUUGGCAUCUCCCUGCACAUACCACCCCUUGACUACAAGUCUUUCUCUCUAGACUCUCUUCAAACUUAUCUGACUGACCAUCUUUGUCCUUUCAGCUUUUCCUCUUUGCUUCCUUACUUUUAACACCUUAGAUCAGAAAUCUUAUUUUUCCUACUUUUUGCAUUCAUUCCUUCCUGCAAUCACUCAGUAUACAGUGUUCCUUCUUUUCCUUUGCAAACAGCCUCAGUACCCUAGCUCAAAAAAUGGCAUCCAGUUCAAUGUCCUCAAAAAGCUCCGACUCUUGGAGUGCCAAGGAUAACAAGGCCUUCGAGAGGGCUCUGGCUGUGUACGAUAAGGACACCCCAGACCGUUGGUACAAUGUUGCAAAAGCCGUUGGUGGGAAAACUGAGGAAGAGGUGAAAAGACGCUAUCAAGAACUUGUGGAGGAUGUCCAGCGUAUUGAGUCUGGCGGAGUGCCCUUCCCAAAGUACAAGACAACUGGCCAGGGAAACAUGCCCGACGAGGACAAGAGGAUGAAAAACCCGAGGCCUUACUGAAGUACAAUCGCCGUUGCAGCAACAAGUUCUGCUAAUAUCCAACUUUGUUUCUUGGAGUAGUAACAGUACAAGUUCUAGUAUAAGAAUCACAAAUGGUCAGUGGUUCAGUCUUCAAAUGAAUUCAUGUCCCUUUAGUUAAUUCCCUAUCGUCUAUUUUAUUACCAUUCCACCAUGAAAGCAAUGUAUCAACGCAAUGAAAUAAGUAUGAUCAGCAGUAUGCACGUGUUUUAAUAGCAA